ACACACACACACACACACACAAACACUGAGAGAUGUGACUGUUUACCGGAGGAAUACAGCGUGUUUCUGUGGGAUUUUAUAUUUUCUACUGUCAGCCAGGAUAUAUAAUGGGAGAGGACAGGCUGGGAGUCAUCAUGUUGGCCGUGCAGGUCUCUCGGGUCGCAGUGUUUCUCUGUGUGAUCACUUCAGUGUCUGCAGUGGAAGAGACAGUGAUGGAUACAAGGACAGCUACAGCUGAGCUCGGCUGGAUAUCGUUCCCUGCCAAUGGAUGGGAGGAGGUGAGCGGCUAUGAUGAGAACCUCAACACCAUCAGGACGUACCAGGUGUGCAACGUGUUUGAGCCCAGCCAGAACAACUGGCUCCUCACCACCUACAUCGACAGGAGGGCGGCGCAACGCAUCUACGUGGAGAUCCGCUUCACCGUACGCGACUGCGCCUCCAUCCCCAGCGUCCUGGGCUCCUGCAAAGAGACGUUCAACCUGUACUACCUGGAGACCGAAAGGACCGUGUCGGAGAGCAUUAAAGGGGUGGAGUACUGGGCCAAUGCCCCUUUUCUUAAGGUGGACACCAUCGCAGCAGAUGAGAGUUUCUCCCAGGUUGAUUUUGGGGGAAGGCUAAUGAAGGUGAACACAGAAGUUCGGAGUUUCGGGCCGUUGUCCAAAGGCAGAGGCUUCCACUUAGCCUUCCAGGAUCUGGGCGCUUGCAUGUCCCUUCUGGCUGUCAGAGUCUUCUACAAGAAAUGCCCCAGCGUGGUGCAGAACUUUGCUUUUUUCCCAGAGACACUGACUGGAGCAGAAUCCACCUCAUUAGUCAUCGCCAGAGGAAGCUGUAUCCCCAACGCUGAGGAAGUAGACGUGCCCAUAAAGCUCUACUGUAACGGAGACGGAGAGUGGAUGGUACCCAUCGGCAGCUGCAGCUGCAAGGCGGGUUAUGAACCAGACAACGGCAACGUGUGUCGAGCUUGCCCUCAGGGCACCUUUAAGUCGUUCCAGGGGCCAGGAUUAUGUCAGCAAUGUCCGCUCAACAGUCGCUCCACCAUCGAGGCCGCCACCCUCUGCGGUUGUCGUAACGGCUAUUACCGUGGUGACAUGGACAAACCGGAGGACGUGUGCACCAGUGUCCCCUCCGCUCCUCGCAACGUUGUCUCAGUCGUCAACCAGACAUCGGUGCGGCUGGAGUGGCACCCACCGCGUGACAUCGGGCAUCGUGAAGACCUGUCAUAUAACGUCUUGUGCCGCCGGUGCCACAGCAGCGAACGCCGGGCGUGUCAGCCAUGUGACGACAGCGUGGCGUUCAUUUCAGGCAGGCAAGGGUUAAAGGAUACGAGGGUGGACAUCAGCAAGCUGCGGGCCCACACAUCGUACACCUUCGAAAUACAGGCAGUCAACGGAGUCUCCAACAAGAGCCCUUAUCCCGCCCAGCAACUGUCAAUCAACAUUACAACCAAUCAGGCCGCGCCCUCAGUAGUUCCCAUAAUGCACCAAGUGAGCUCAACGAGCCGCAGUUUCUCGUUGUCAUGGCCACCGCCCGAGCAGCCCAACGGAAUUAUCCUUGACUACGAGAUGCGAUACUUUGACAAGUCCCUGUCGGCAGUAUUGAACAGUUCAGUGGUCCUGAGCGAAACACCCAAUGUUGUUCUGGAGGGUCUGAGGCCCGGGACCGGCUACUUGGUCCAGGUGAGGGCUCGCACCGUGGCCGGCUACGGAGCCUACAGCAAGGAGAUGCUCUUCCAUACGCUCACCGACGAUGAGUAUAAGUCAGAGCUGGGACAGCAGCUCUCUCUGAUUGCCGGCUCUCUAGUAGGUGGAGUGUGUAUCGUCUCAUUGGUAGCUAUUGCCAUCAUCUGUACCAGAAGAAGGCAGUUGAAGGAGAGCGUAUACGGUGACAAGCUGCAGCAGUACAACGCAGGAGGAGAGGUGACUCUGAGGCCCGACAUGUUCAGUGGUACCACCCCAACGGUGACCUUUCCCACCCUGUCUGAAGGUCAUAGUUCACCGGGGGUCAAGAUCUACAUCGACCCUUUCACCUACGAGGACCCCAACGAGGCAGUUCGGGAGUUUGCAAAGGAAAUUGACCCCUCCUGUGUCAAAAUAGAAGAAGUCAUUGGAUCAGGUGAGUUUGGGGAGGUGUACAAAGGUCGCCUGAAGCCGGUCGGGAAAAAAGAAAUUCUCGUUGCCAUCAAGACCCUGAAGGUUGGCUACUCCGAGAGGCAGAGGAGGGACUUCCUGUCCGAGGCGUCGAUCAUGGGUCAGUUUGACCAACCAAACAUCAUCAGACUGGAGGGAGUGGUCACCAAGAGCCGGCCUACGAUGAUCAUCACUGAGUUCAUGGAGAACGGAGCACUUGACUCGUUUCUCAGGCAAAAUGAUGGGCAGUUCCCAGUGAUCCAGCUGGUUGGUAUGCUGAGGGGCAUCGCGUCUGGAAUGAGGUACCUGGCGGAAAUGAGUUAUGUUCACCGGGACCUGGCUGCUCGGAACAUCCUGGUUAACAGUAACCUGGUGUGUAAGGUGUCUGACUUUGGAUUAUCACGAUAUCUGGAGGACGACACCUCUGACCCCACCUACACCAGCUCACUGGGCGGUAAAAUCCCGGUGCGGUGGACGGCUCCGGAGGCAAUCGCCUACAGGAAGUUUACGUCGGCUUCAGAUGUCUGGAGUUACGGGAUCGUCACCUGGGAGGUGAUGGCAUACGGAGAGAGGCCUUACUGGGACAUGAGCAACCAAGAUGUGAUAAAUGCCAUCGAGCAGGACUUCAGGCUGCCAGCUCCCAUGGACUGUCCGGUGGUGCUGCACCAGCUGAUGCUGGACUGCUGGCAGAAAGACAGGAACGCACGGCCAAAGUUCCCCGAUAUUGUCAGCAUGUUGGACAAAAUGAUACGCAACCCUGCAUCUCUCAAAGCCGGCACCAACAACGUCCCCCCUGGUCCUCCCCAUCAUCCCUUGUUAGACCGCGGAGCUCCAGAUCUGAGCAGGGUGAGCUCUGUGGAAGACUGGCUGGCUGCGUUGAAGAUGACCCAAUAUCGAGACUCCUUCCUGGGCUCGGGCUUCACUUCCUUGCCGCUCGUCACACAAAUCACGGCCGAAGAUCUUCAGAGGAUUGGCGUGUCUCUUGCCGGACACCAGAAGAAAAUCCUGACCAGUGUUCAGUCGAUGACGCACAACGUCGAUGACCAGUCUCCUACUGAAUCUGUGUAACCACACAGGGGAGUGACACAGUACGAGAUAUUUGACAUGUGUACAGUCUGAACGAGCAGGCUGUCAUCUUUACACUUCUUGUUUUACCCACAUACACUUCAGUCUUGGAACUCUAAACCACUUUACGUGUUUUUAAACAAUCACUUUGGCCAUUUGUGUGUCUGCGUGGCCUCAGCAGGUCCCUCCUUCAGUCAUUGGACGGACUUCUCUCACACCAUUUAGCAAAUUGAUUUAAACUAAAUGCCUCUUGGAGGGAAUUCAAUGCAGAGUUAGUGCUAGAGGAAAAACAAGGCAGACAUGAUUUGUGACUGCAAAAGCAAAAAAAAAACUAGUGUCUGGACUUUUCUGUCGGGGACAAUCACAAACCCGCCAUUCCCUCUCCCACCAAAAUCUCCCUGCAAGAUUACUCACAUCAGUGAAAUCCGCAGACCAGUUUUUACCAGCUUGACUGUUUGAGUCAAGGGCGACAUGGCCUGGUUUUUAUGUAAGGAUAUAUCACACAAACGCUACUGUGAAGAGGAAACUGACAUUUAUAUGAAGGGACACAAGCUGGACUAAAAGGCUGACAAGAGGUCUUUUAAAACAGUGUUCCUGGAGACCCAUCGUAGGCUUCGUUAUCUCCAGUAUGUCUUGUUGAGACUACUUCAGUGUGUUGGUGAAAAUUGCUACCAUUUGAAUCCAGACAAGAGCCAACAGUUAAAUGGGACUUUGUGAAUCCAUCUUCAUAUUGAAGAGUCUGUACAUAUUAUGAUAUGGGAUGUUUAUUUCCUGUUUGCUUUCACUUUUUGCCAACAGUAUUGAACAAUUAAUUGCCACUGGAGUAUUUUGUGAGCUCUCUAUGAUUAUCUUCCUCCGCCUGAUUUGUCACUGGAACAAACUUUUGUUGUGGACUGCAGACAAAAAAAAUUGGAAAAAUAGGUUCUAUUUUUUGUGCUUUCCAUGCAGCAAAAGGAAAAGAUAAACUCCUCCACGCAGUAAGCUAUCAAAGCCUGGCCUACUUAAAAUACUUAAUUCAGAGGCUACUCAUAAUGGAUGAUGUUUUACAAUCAGCACAUACACCCCAUGAGUAAAGGCAAUUACAGACUGGGAAACAGAAAGAAAAUCAGAUAAAGACAUAUUAAACCAUAGCAGUGUAAUAAGUCUAGGAAGCAACUGCAGACUUCAAAGUAAAGAAGAAGAGCAGACUGCAGAUAUUGAGUCAUUACCAGCUGCUGAGACGCACCUGUUGUGAACACACAGCAGUGGCCAGAGAAAAGGUAUUCUCAUCCAAUGUUCUUGUGAUUUGGCUGCAAAUCCUAAAGCCGACUGCCAGUCAGGCAUUAAUACAACGCAUGGACACACCAGAAAUCCAAUGCUCAUGUACUGUCCACGCAUGAAACAAAUCUCAUUUCAGUCAAAACGGUAUGGCCGCCGUCCAGAUGGUAAUCGCUCUACAGCAGGCAGCCAGGCAGGCGGGGCCUUUGUAUCAAUUCAUUUUUUCAUUCAUUGGCUGCCGGAUAUGUCACUGUUGUCAGAGUCUGUUUUGACAGCCGCAUUUCCUCCCGAUUGACAUCAGUGAUUAAUACUGUCGCGUCAGUUUGCAGAUGAAACGACAUGAAGUGACUUAUCCACGUUCACAUCAGCGGACAGCAACCUUUUCCAUGGUGGGUGUUACGCAACACUAAUUUACAAGCGGCAAAGACUGAUUUCUCAGACAAGUCAGAGGAAAGAUAGUGAAAUACAAAAUGCUGGGGGGGUCAAGAAGGAUAUCGCUGGCGUAUUUAUCAUGUUUUGGUGCCGAAAUGUGAUGUUUGACUCACUAGUCUUCACAAAAUAUAUUAGUAUCAAGAAGGCCUGAUCUCACUCUGGGGCACACUGGUGGAGAAGCACUGGGAGAUCUCUUUUAUCUCAACACUGAGCAGAUUACCAGCUGCGAAACAACAGCAGGCUCGCUCCGCCUUUAGCCCAAACCUCUGGUCAUGCGUGUGCCCCCACAUCCCGAGGAUUACCAGUCUGCAGCCCUGAUUGGAUGUCGUGAUUUUUAUUUGUCAUCCCCUCGGAGCCGUGUGCUCACAAUGACAGAAGUGACAGUAUUUAGUUGUUUGCUUUCAACACGUUUUUUUACUGCUGACACGUCCUACAGGACGACGUGUUUGUGUUUGUCUCACACCAAUGCUCUCCAGCGCCGGGACGGCCCAAACUCUUUUAUUUAUGUGACAUUGAGAGGUCCGCGACUAUUUUAAACAUUUCAGUUUCCACUUUUCUGGCAAAACUCUGCUCUGCCAGCAUGACCGGAAUUGAAUUUGUUGCCCAGAAACGAUAGCAUAUUGAACAUUUUAUUAGGAGGUAUUGAGAUCAACUGUCAGUGGUUCGGAGGCGUAAUUCAUUGUAAAUAGAUGCCGGUGGGAAAACAGUUUCGGCGCUGGCUCGGGGAGAGAGAUGAGUGUGCCUAAAAGCUCAUAUUGAACGCCAUCUAAACAAUAUCACCCAGAAGAAAUAAAAGCUAUCAACACAGGCAGGCUUCUUAAUACAUUACGUAACAUGUAGCUAAGUGUGAUGUGUCUAUCCUUUGCUUCAUUUUUUUCUUCUAUUUAACAAGGUUAGAUGUGAGCUUUCAGAGGCAUUUCACAUGUCCCUGUGUCAGUGUUCGUGAAAAGACAAUGAAGGCGUAAAUGAUCUACAGCACGUCUUGUAUUUAUACACCGACGUGUUGGUUUGAGCACAAAGAGAGGAUUUCUCAGGAACACAACAGUUUCGUCCACAUUGCUGCAUAAAACGGGAUCGUUUAUUGUUAAAUCAUGCACUAUAUGAAAAGAUUAAUACAAGAUGAAGUGCUUUAAGAGUUCAUGGAGAAAACUGUGUUUGAUGUUCGUUUGCUUAUUAAAAGUUAAAUCCACCCUAAAUCCAGCCCCUAAAAGUGAGGAACAUGUUACUAAAUCCUUUGAGAGUUUUCUAUUUGUGUAUGUGAACUAGACUCGUAUACAAGAAAACAGAGAGAUACACUUUCAGGCAAUGAACAGUAGCCAGAGUUAAUACACUUUAUGAUUAUAUCAAUGCUGAAUGUCGGGCGCAUUUUUGUACUUCAAGGCUAAAUUACAUUUUUUAAUCUUUUUUAUUGAAAGUAGGACGUUUUGACAUCAUGCUUUUAAAAUGUUUCUCUUUUUUUGUGAAGGGUCUUAUGUUAAAAAAACAAAAUCACCAAGCUUCCAAUGAAAGUCCAUCCUUGAAAUUUUUGCCAUUCUUUAUUAUUUUUUUCUAUUUUACAGCAUAUUUUGCUCUAAUACACUGUAGACUUUUUAAAGAUUCAAUAUUUCCCUAUGAAACUAGCUGUGUCCCAAUGCCAUACUACAGUACAUGCUACAAUCUUAGCAGGUUUUAAGUAUAGAUGGAGUAGUGUGUUCACGCUGGAAAUGUGACAAGUAUACUCAAAAGAUCUUGAUUUUUGAGCUGUUAUUGGACUCUUGACAUUUGAAAGUUGCAGUUUUACUGACAUGCGUCGGUGCAUGUAUUCAGUGUUACUCGCCAAAACUCUUUGUUUGUAUCCUCGAGGUAUAACAAGCACGUUGAAUGUAUUUUCUUUCCUUAUAGACCUUUUCAUUGCCAUUCUGUUGCUAGGGCAACAGCUUUGGUCCAAGUUUACUUCCUGUCUGCAUUAACAAGCAUUGCAACAGGAAGUACAUUUAAAAUGUUUAUGUUGUCAAGUUUGAAACGGUCUACAGAACACAUUAUAUUAGUUUUAACAUUUUAAAUCUGCCUUUUUUUUUACUUCUAGGUUGACUUGCUUACUGUCUUCUUCUUCUUCUCUGCCUUUCACUAGCGCAAUGCAGCAUUUCUUGGCACAUUAUCACCACCUGUGUUUAAAAUGUACAGUAGUAAUGUGAAACUUAUUGGCAGGAAUGUGAAUCAUGUCACCCAUGUGCCUGUGCAUGUGAAGAAAAAAUGGACACCACCACUCAAAAAGUCCAGAUGAGAUUCAAGGCACUUUUGAUUGCACUUCGUCAUGACAUUGUUGGCCAGACCUUGGUUUUCUGGGCGAACUGCAAAUCAGGAUCGGCCCUCCUCCAGUCCACAAGGAGGUGGUAACGAAGCUGAAGCUGUAUGGUAAAACUUUAGUUUCAGUUUAGUUACAACCAUAACAGUUUAGCUGGUGUUAGCUAGGCUAACCUCCAUCUCCAAAAUUGGUUUGAACAAUCAGAUUUCAGUCCGUCUUGAAUGCUUCUUGGACGCAUUUACACUUAUCUUUCUUGAGAUCAGAUAGCUAUCCGAUCCUAACGUUGAGUGUAACUGGGGUCGUUGUCUAAUGGAAAAAUUAAUGGUUUUACUUGCAGAACCAGGAGCACCGAAAUAUCUUCUCCCACCUAACAUCUCUACAGUAUAUAGUAUUGGUUUGGGACACAGCUACUGUACUAAAGAUGAAAGAUUCACCCAUGAAUAUCCUUUAAGGUUUCUCUAUUUAUAAUACGUGUUGUUUAUUAGGACGUCAUUUUGUUAUGAAGUGUUGCAUGAUACUUUAGUGUUGUGUGGAAACCCGCUGCUCUGAAAAAGGUUGGCGUAUACAUCUGCAUUUUUGCAGCCGCAAUGCAUUCUGGUCUGCUGGGAUUUCUGUCAAUGGGGACGGCUAUGAUGAAUUUCUCAUUGUUGAACGGCGAUACAAAUGGCAGCUGCAGACAAAAGCCCUCGCUCUCUGAUUCCGAGGGACUGACACCGAAACCUGGCAUUUACUGCAGAUGUUUUAGAUAGAGAACUCCAUUCAGACUCCACUCUAACUGUGCUUGAAAUAUGUCAACAUGAUGUUGCAUUAUAUUUGGCCAAUUAACCACUGAAAUGGGAAAGUAUACACAAUAAAAUAGGCCCAGAAAUGCAAGGUGUGUCACCUGAAGGACCUCUUAAGAGCUUUAGGGUGGAUUUAUCUUUUAAUUGCAGUUCUUUUUCUGGAGGCUGGACCGACUCGGCUGCUUCUCUCCUCUCCUGUUGCUCUGGUGUAAUAGAUACUGUAGGAGAGGCUGGAGAUGAGAGGGAAAAAAGUGAAAGGGAAUAGGUAAUAGAAGGGGCAAGAGGAGAAGGGAAGUAGAAGAGAGGAAAAGGAGGUGCGAGAGGCAGAGCUCGACACUCGUGUUUGAAUAAAAAUGAGGCUGGGUGUGGAGAGAUUACUCUUUCUCUUUUUGUCUCCCUCUCUCUCCCUGCUCUACCCGGCUGUCCUCUUUCUUCUCCUAAUGCCCACAACCUCUCUGCACAACUCACUCUGCUGCUUCCAGUCUGCUUCUCCACCGACUAACAGUGUGAAGGCAAGCAAGUUCAGUUUUACUCUUAGGUGCACUAUUUAACUUAUAUCUUUUAAUGAUGUAUUGGCAAGUAUCAGCUGUGGGUUUUCAUGAGAGCAUUCAUCCCAAAACUGUGAAGGUAAAGGUCUUCUCUACCCAAAAAUGAAGGGUUUAUCAUCUCAUUUUAGCCUCCAUGUGUUCAGUCAUGCACGGUGUUUCAUCAAACUAACCUGAACUAAAGCAGCCUGGCUGUAAACACUCCGUGGACAUGCAGAAAAAGUUUUUUUUCCUCCUUUUUAAUUAUUUAAUUUUAAUUUAUUUGAUUUCCUAUAUUGCUUGCCAUACUUUUCAGUAUGUAUGUAUUGUAUAUUGGUUUCUCUUGAAAAAAGAAAAACAGCUCAGUAAUCAGCUGUAGUCUGCCUUUCUCUGUUUACCUACAAUACUGUUAUAGGUGUUACUGCUCAUAUAGUCAGAGCAUCCCACUGUAAUGUAUUAUAAUGCUGUAAUAUAAUGUGAGUAUGCCUGUGCAUCUUUGUAUGUGUGUGUGUGCGCGUGUGUGUGCGUGUGUGUAAUAUAAUGUGUGUGUGCUGUUCAGUGUGCAGUUCAAUGUUUGUACAACGUGCGUGUGUGUGUGUGAGUUUGUAGCUGUUAACUUUCUGAGUCUUACAUUUACAAUGCACUGUUUGUCAAUAAAGAAGACAAAUCAAUCAAACUGA